AUGAACCCAGUCAGCGUUCUCGGGCUCACAGCCAGCAUCAUUGCUUCUCUGUCUAAAAAAGUUGGACUGUCUAAACAUACUCGAACUGAUCUAGAACGUAUGCUAAAGACAUUGCGGAGGUUCCUUGCCUCAUAUCAAGGUUUGAAUAAUAUAGCUGCGAUUGAUGAAAGUGAAGGGGCGAUUCUGCCUCGUUGA